CACGCCACGAUACGCUUGACGCGCAGGGUUCGUGUGGCUUUGCUGUCAGUCCUGUGAGCAAUCAGAGCAAGAUUUAGACAAAGUUUACUUGGAUACUUUGUCAACGAUUUUUAGCGCUCUCUUUCUGUCAGAAGUUCAACUCGAAGAGAAUAAACAACAACAGAAGUGUGUUAAUAUCUAUGUGUUAAUAUGAUUGUACCUCUGAAAGGGCGACGCGUGUUAGCUUAGCUAGCUAGCAGCAGGCUACCAUGUAAAAGGCAAAUCGGAUAUUGUGGACCGAAGCAAUGUGAUGGUCAAGCAGAAAAAUACUACUUAAACUAUUCAUUCUCUGGUCAUGCGACCGCUACGUCUAGACAGCCGCUGCUUGGAAAUAGUUGAUAUCUGCAGAAAACGAAAGUUGGUCACUCAUCAUUCGUCCUGGGAGCCUUAAACGACACCAAACACAGCAAGAACAGCAGGCAUGAGCUGAGUUCAGAGGCAAUUAACACCCCCACUGAAGUACAAGCUCUCUUCACCGAGAAAGUAGUAGAUGCUCAGGGUAGCCAUAAUAGCUGCAUGAUGGAGUGAUGCAAACCUUAGCUGGCAGGCUGACGGAGAGCCAUGGAGGCAGUCGAGCGAGAAGCUUCUACGGGAAAGAGUGGCUGUCUGACGGAGCUGACCGUCGUGCAGAGUGUUGUAGCUUUGGAUGGGCUUACUGAAGAUGAAGGGUCAUCACAGCCUGACCUCAACUUUCCUCACAUUACUGAGGACACAACCUGGUUAAUGGUUCAGGAAGGAGAAUCAACCUCCUCUGAGCUGCAGGAGCUCGGCUCUGCCUCGGGCGAGGAAGCUGAAAGUAAAGAGGCCGGGGACAAUCCAUGUGUUCAGAAUGGGGUGGAAGCUGAAAAGGAUAAACUACAGAACAACAGCAGUGCGGCUGUAACAACCAGCACAUGUCCAGAUCCGCUGCAGAGCUCCACUCUCUCAUUGUCUGAUCAUUUAAAGUUGGGCCGAGAUGAGUCCGAAGGUAUGGGACUAAACAUGGAGUGCAAGAUAUGUGGGGACAAAGCUUCAGGGUUCCACUACGGUGUACAUGCUUGCGAAGGCUGCAAGGGUUUUUUCAGACGCACCAUUCGUAUGAAGCUAGAGUAUGAUCGCUGUGAACGGACUUGUCGGAUCCAAAAGAAGAAUCGCAAUAAAUGCCAGUACUGCCGCUUCCAGAAAUGUCUGGCUCUUGGCAUGUCCCAUGAUGCUAUUCGUUAUGGCCGUAUGCCAGAGGCAGAGAAGAAGAAGCUGGUGGCAGGACUGAUAGCAGGAGAGAAGAGUCUACUGAGCCCUGGAGCCUCUGAUCUCAAAACUUUGGCAAAGCACGUCAACUCCGCCUACCUUAAAAACCUCAAUAUGACGAAAAAGAAGGCACGAAGCAUCCUCACUGGAAAAACAAACUGCACCCCGCCCUUUGUGAUUCAUGAUAUGGACUCUUUGUGGCAAGCAGAGAAUGGUUUAGUCUGGAACCAGCUGAAUGGUGCUCCCCCAAACAAAGAAAUUGGAGUACAUGUCUUCUACCGCUGCCAGUGCACCACAGUGGAAACUGUUCGAGAGCUCACAGAGUUCGCCAAAAAUAUCCCAGGCUUUGUAGAGCUCUUCCUUAAUGAUCAGGUAACUUUGUUAAAGUAUGGUGUCCAUGAGGCCAUUUUUGCAAUGCUACCAUCACUCAUGAAUAAAGAUGGACUUCUGGUAGCCAAUGGGAAGGGUUUUGUGACGAGAGAGUUUCUGCGCAGCCUGCGCAAACCCUUCAGUGAAAUUAUGGAACCCAAGUUUGAAUUUGCUGUGAAGUUCAAUGCCCUGGAGCUGGACGAUAGUGACCUGGCUCUGUUUGUUGCGGCCAUCAUACUGUGUGGAGACCGCCCUGGACUCAUGAAUGUGAAGCAGGUCGAGCAGAUUCAGGACAGUAUCCUCCAAGCUCUGGACCAGCACCUCCAGGCUCACCAUCCAGAGUCAGUCCACCUCUUCCCCAAACUGCUGCAGAAGAUGGCUGACCUGAGGCAGUUGGUCACAGAGAAUGCUCAGCUGGUCCAAAUGAUUAAAAAGACUGAAUCUGAGACCUCGCUCCAUCCGCUUCUACAGGAAAUCUAUAAAGACAUGUAUUAAGUCUUAUGACUUAGGACUUUCAAAUAGAAUUAAGAGACAUGUUGCACACAGGCAUCCAUGGUGCUGCAGAUACCAUUGAAUUUUUAUAUUAGCAGUUAUGGAGUUUUACAAAUACCGUGUUUGAAAACUGACUUUUUUUCUUCGGGGCGGGGCAGGGCUCCCCCCCCCCCCACCCUUUCAACUAUGUGAAGGUCAACCUCUGUUUCCAGCCUGUGAACGGUGCAUUAAUAUCACUCAGAAUAUAACAGUAUUUUGAUAAGAUAUGUGUUAUAUAGAUAUCCUGUUUCCAGUUGUUUCCAAUUAUUUAGACUUUAAAUAAAAAAAUAAUUGGAAUAGAGUAAUUAUAUCAUUUUACAUAUUUCAUGGCUGCUGCACAUACCUACAUCCUGAUUUCACAGGCUCUUUCUAAUUCUCUUUAUUAAUGAAUUGAUAUAUUGAUUAACAUUUAUUGAUAAAGGCCAGACCUAUCUAACUCAGUCUAAUACUGUAGUAUUAGGAAGUAAUCAGAAGGAUGGGGAAACUGUUUCACUUGGUGAAUUACUCAGGUGUUGAGUAACUGCCUGUCAUUUUUUCCUACAGUUACUUGCUUUACAUUUGCUGUAUGAAUUAAAUAGCAAUGUCAAAUUCACCAUGACCUUGAAGUUCAAGUCGAUCUUGUAUGCAAAUGGAACAUAAACACUUUGCUGAGUUAACUCAUUUCUCCAGUACUAUGUACUGUUUCACAUGUUUGUCAGAAAUUGAUUUAGGUCUACUUUAUGAAACUUUCUUGAUUUAGAGGGUUUCUUAAAUGAAUCGUUUGUACUUUGAAACUAAAUAUUGAUUAUUUCCCCCUCCCCCAUUAGUAGUGCAAAGAAUUGCACAACAAUUCUGCAGUUUCAAACUGACUAUUUGGAAAGACCCAUUACACCCAGUCAUUUGUAGAAUAGCAGCAUAUCACUAAUCUAAAAAUCAAUAUUUAGUUUCUGGUCCUUUGUAGGAGAAUUCUGAUGCAGAUGGUGGAUAAAUACAAAGCAGACAAUUCUGAAUUAUAAUUUGUUUUAAAUUGAGAGCUCACAAUGUAACUCUAUGUUGGAGUAAAGUCAUAUUUAUGUUUAUUCAUGUAUCUAGUUACCCUAACAUACACAUAUAUGAUUUAGUCUUUUAACAAAUCCUAAUCAUGCCAUGUGUCUUAUGUAUUGGCCCAUACAUAGUAUCACGUAAAAUUAUUUAGAACCUUUAGACAUUAGACCUGGUUGUACAUUACAACUGUUUUCAUGUCUGUAGAGUAUUCCAUCUCUCUCUCUUCCCCAAACUAUGUCCUGUUUGUAGGCAUUUGAGAUUUUACUGUGUGAUAAAAUGAUUACACUUGCUGCUGUAAAAGCUGGAGAGCACAAUAUAAAUGACUUGUAUAAACAAUGACAUGUUUAUCUGGUUAUGUGGAAUCUUUUUUUAAUAUCUGUGCUGAAUUCACACACUUUUCAUUCCACUUCCCUUCAAGCCAUGCUUUUAUUGCACCACCCGUAACACCUUUUUCGUGAUGAUUCAAGACUUUUGGUAUUUUGCUUGGUAUUACUUCUCAAUACCUAAUCAACACUAAAUUAAAGCCCAAUAUUUUAAUUGUUGUUGUUUUCUGUUAUUUCCUAUUACUGCUCCAACCUGUUGACCUGACUUCCAUGGACUCUUGGACAUAAGGUACUACAUAUCUACAGAUUUGAACUCAAAACGUUCUGAUCAGUAGCCCAAAGCCUUAAAAAGUGAAUGACUUGGUGUUUCAGGCUAGUAUGCUUCAGAGAUAAUUGCCUAAUUUUCAGUACAAAACACAGUACAAACUAUUGGAGUACCGGUGUCUACACUACACUGAUAAAUUGCUGUUGGCUCAAUUAAUAUAUGAUGAUUGGAUUUAUGAUGUGAAAGCAACAGAUGAACGGGUAUGAUAAGUCAGAUUUUCUUCUCUUUUUAGGGUCUUGCCUAAAUAAUUUAGUUGCCCCAAUUAAAUUUUGAAUCAAAUUUGUGCAUUCAUAUAGGACAACAUAUUGAUUGUGAUUACAUUAAAUACACAUAUAUGUGUGUGUGUGUGUAUGUAUAUGUGUAUAUAUAUGUAUGUGAAUAUGUAUAUUACUAGGAUAGCCUUCUUUCAUCACAGAAAUAUUGCUAAGGUAAGAAAUAUAAUGUCACUACAUGAUGCAGAAAAAUUUGUUCAUGCUUUUGUCACCUCUAGGCUGGAUUAUUAUAAUGCCUUACUGUCUGGAUGUUCCAGUAGGUGCAUAAACAAACUCCAGUUAGUCCAGAAUGCAGCUGCAAGAGUCCUUACUAGAACCAGAAAAUAUGACCACAUCACCCCUAUCUUAUCCACACUGCAUUGGCUCCCAGUAAAAUUUCGCAUUGAUUAUAAAAUACUACUACUGACCCAUAAAGCACUGAAUGGUCUUGCGCCACAGUAGCUGAGCGAACUUUUUGUCUUCUAUGAUCCACCAUGCCUAC